UUCGAUAAUUAAAAAGCAAUAUAUAUGUCACUGUCAGUUCCAGACAAGCUAUUUCGUUACCAGAAGGGAAAAUCUAUAGGACGUUCUUCAUUCUCGGAUUCAGAAAACGGCUGAAGAUGAGUUCAAGAUCUGGACUCACAAUAAUGCGUGUUUGCUUCAUAAUCUUCUUGCUUGGUGUUCUUGUUGAGUUAUGUGAUGGAGGAAUUACCAGUGGGUAUGUUAGAGGAAGUAAUUUACCCGAUGACAUGCCAUUAGACAGCGAUGUCUUUACAAUUCCUCCGGGGCCAAAUACUCCCCAACAGGUUCAUGUAACGCAAGGGAACCAUGAAGGUAAUGGAGUGAUCAUUUCAUGGGUGACUCCAGUUAGGCCCGGUUCUAACACUGUUCGCUAUUGGUAUGAGAAUGCACAAUCGAAGAAGCAAGCAGACGCAACCAUUAACACCUACCGUUUCUUCAAUUACACAUCCGGUUACAUCCACCACUGCAACAUUGAUAAUUUGGAAUUUGAUAUGAAAUACUACUAUGAAAUUGGGAGUGGGAAGUGGUGUAGGCGGUUCUGGUUCUUUACUCCACCUAAACCAGGCCUUGACGUACCGUACACUUUUGGGAUUAUUGGGGAUUUAGGACAGACUUAUGACUCAAAUAAAACUUUAAGCCAUUAUGAGAUGAAUCCGGGAAAAGGACAGGCGGUUUUGUUCGUCGGGGACUUGUCUUAUGCAGAUCGCUACCCUUUCCACGAUAACACCAGAUGGGAUACUUGGGGAAGGUUCGUUGAGAGAAAUGCUGCUUACCAACCUUGGAUAUGGACUGCAGGGAACCACGAAAUCGACUAUGUUCCGGAAAUUGGUGAAACAGAACCAUUCAAGCCUUAUAUAAAUCGGUAUCAUACACCAUAUAAGGCAUCGGGAAGCAUCUCUCCGUUGUGGUAUUCCAUCAAGAGGGCUUCAGCUUAUAUUAUUGUUAUGUCUUGUUACUCAUCUUAUGGGAUAUACACUCCUCAAUACAAAUGGUUGGAAAAGGAGUUCCAAAAAGUAAAUCGAACAGAGACGCCGUGGCUUAUAGUCUUAGUUCAUUCCCCGUUUUACCAUAGUUAUGUGCAUCAUUACAUGGAAGGUGAAACAUUGAGAGUCAUAUACGAGCAGUGGUUUGUCAAAUUCAAGGUUGAUGUGGUGUUUGCAGGUCAUGUUCAUGCCUAUGAGAGAUCGAAACGUGUUUCUAACAUUGCUUACAACAUUGUCAAUGGAUUGUGUGAGCCAAUAUCGGAAGAGUCAGCUCCAGUGUACAUGACCAUCGGGGAUGGAGGAAACUCAGAAGGCUUGCUUACUGACAUGAUGCAGCCACAGCCAAGCUACUCUGCCUUUCGGGAAGCUAGCUUUGGGCACGGGUUGCUGGAGAUCAAAAACAGAACUCAUGCCCACUUCAGCUGGAAUCGGAACCAAGAUGGGUAUUCUGUGGAAGCCGAUUCUGUGUGGUUGCUUAAUCGAUUUUGGCAGGCUCCAAAGAAGAACCUACUUAUUGCAUAAUAAGCAGAAAUUAAUCUAUGAUAAAUGAUGUAGCCAAAGGUAAAUGUUAUUAAGGACAGUGACAUUUCAUUUAAAAGGUAGUCUGUGAACAAGUUUUUCAAACAAAUUACUCAGAAAGUAUGAAGUUUAUUUUUGCAA